AUGGUGGCAAUUGAAGAAUCUAAAGACUUGUCGGAGAUGAAGCUUGAAGAAUUAAAAGCAUCUCUUGAGGCACAUGAGAUGAGGCUGGAGAAAAGAGAUUUAGAAAAAGACUACUACUACAACAAGAACAAUGAUGAAUACCAGGGUGUGGCUCUAUUUUCUCAUGAUGGUAGCAGUGAAUUUGAUGAUGUUAUCUUGAUGGAUGCAACACAUUUGGCUUCAGAGAAAGUAAAUGUGUGGUACCUCGAUACAAGUUGUAACAACGAUAUAAUUGGUAACAAGAACUGGGUUGUCAAGGUGGAUGAAUUAGUUAGAAGAUUACUUUGUUUUGGAGACAACAACAUGGUGACAUUGGAAGGAAUGUCCAACAUCGGGGUGGAAAAUAAGGAUGACCAUGAAGCUAUCAUCAGUGAUGUAUCAUUUGUUCCCUCAAUGGCAAGUAACUUGAUCACUUUGGGUCUAUUACUUGACAAGAAUUAUACAACGAAGCUGUAA